GAUGGAAACCUCAUAUUCAUUUUCUCUCUCUCUUUCUCUCUCUAUACCUAAACAUAUAAGCUCUUCCACGCAAGCUCUUAUCUCUUCCUCUUAAAUCUUCCCUAUACUCCAGACACACGGAACCGUUUGGUGCUACAGAUACCAUCCCUAAAAUGGAAACUUUGAGUCGUUUCUUAGUGUUCAUGUCUCUGUUCUCCGGUUUCGUUUCUGGAUUCACUCUGCAAAAUCUUCCAGUCACAUCUUUUGAAGAAAGUUACACGCAGCUUUUUGGUGACAAGAACUUGUUCGUUCAUAAAGACGGCAAAACUGUCCGGUUAACGCUCGAUGAAAGGACCGGUUCUGGGUUUGUCUCAAAUGAUCUAUACUUACAUGGAUUAUUCAGCGCUUCAAUCAAAUUGCCUUCUGAUUAUUCAGCUGGAGUAGUUGUUGCCUUCUAUAUGUCAAAUGGAGAUAUGUAUGAGAAGAAUCAUGAUGAGAUUGAUUUUGAGUUUCUUGGUAAUAUUAGAGGAAAAGAAUGGAGGAUUCAGACAAACAUUUACGGUAAUGGAAGCACUCAUUUGGGAAGAGAAGAGAGAUCUAAUCUAUGGUUUGAUCCAACCGAAGAUUAUCAUCAAUAUAGUAUUCUCUGGUCUGAUUCUCACAUCAUAUUCUUUGUAGACAACGUUCCUAUCAGAGAGGUGAAGCGAACAGCGUCGAUGGGCGGUCACUUCCCAUCAAAGCCGAUGUCUCUCUACACAACAAUAUGGGACGGUUCUAAAUGGGCAACUAACGGUGGCAAGUACGGUGUAAACUACAAGUAUGCCCCUUAUGUCGCGCAGCUCACUGACUUAGUCCUUCAUGGCUGCGCCGUGGACCCUAUUGAGCAGUUUCCUAAGUGCGACGAAGGAGCAGACGAGGAUAUCCGUGCGGCUCAGGAGAUUAGCCCGUCGCAGAGGGUUAAGAUGGGCGUUUUCAGGAGGAAACACAUGACAUACUCGUAUUGCUAUGAUCGGAACAGGUACAAGGUUGCUCUACCUGAGUGUGUGGUGAUUCCCGCGGAAGCUCAGCGGCUUAGGGUUCAUGAUCCGGUCACUUUUGGCGGGAUUCCGAGGCGUCACCGCUACGGAAAGCACCGGAGCAGGAGAAGCCGUGUUGUUGGAACAGAGUCGAUAUGAUGCAACAUAUAGCAGUAACAUGGGUGUUGGAUGAGAUUUGGUGGGGGGUUUCUAUAAUAAGUCCAUUUUUAUUGGUAUUUUUAUUUUAUGUUCAGUGCGUUUUCACAGUUAUAGUGGGCAUUUUUGUCAUUUGUUGCUUGUAUAUGAAAUAAAAUAAUUUAUUUAUUUAUUUGAGAGAUUUGGGGUUUUGCAAUACUUAUAUGAUAAUGUGUAGUUAUUGUUUUUGUGGAUACAUAUUCCGUUUACGAAUA